AUGUCGAGAGAAGAGGGUUUCGAAUUACCCAGAAAAAGAGAGGCCACUAGAAACGUGAAUUAUAAUGAAAAGGAAGUAGAUGCUGAAUUGGCUAAGAGGAUACAAAUACUGGAAAAAAGCGGAGAUAACUCCAAACUCAGCAAUAGUCAAAGUCCGAGAAGCAGCAGAAGCGCAAGUAACUUAACUGGUAAAACUGAGAAGUUUAAGUACCAAAAAUUUCUUCAUGAUAAGAAUACCUGCUGGAACUUUAUUCCUACAUUACCUCCCUCGUUUAGAAAGAAUAGCAGGUUUUCUAACGUACUUGAUCUGGACGACGCUAUGAUUGAUUUACGGAAGAUGAUACUUUUCAACGCCGAGUCCGUACUUUUGUCUAAGAACGACACUAUUUAUAUGAUAUCAGAACCUGCAGGCGAGCCAUACUAUAUCGGCAGGGUGGUAAAUUUUGUCAGUAAGCCUGAAUUUUCUAACGCCAUUAACGACACUAUGAAGGAUACUUCAGUCUUUCCUGCUAAAUUCUUUCAAGUUAGAAUGAACUGGUAUUAUCGUCCCAGAGAUAUUCAAGAACACGUUAAUACUUUCAACCCAAGAUUAGUGUACGCAUCAUUACAUCAGGACAUAUGCCCAAUCUCAUCAUAUAGAGGUAAAUGUAGUAUAUUACACAAGGACGAAGUUUUAGACAUCCUUCCAAAUGAAAAGGAAAGCAUUACACGACCCAAUAUAUUCUACUUCGAUGAGCUUUUUGACAGAUACACUUUAAAAUAUUACAAAGUGUAUAGUACAGACAAAAUAUUAAACAAUUGGAAUAGUAAGUCGCCAUUUCUUUAUGUUUUGAAUAAGAGAUUUCGUUAUAUUUAUACUGAACAUAAAUAUCCAUUGGAGAAAGUUUUAGGGAAAUACUUCUUUCAAGAUCAAGACGUAAAUGCAAUACGAAUUGAAGAUUACGAAUGGGACAAAAGGUGUCAGUUCUGUAGAGAGUGGUGCAUCCAAAAGGAAAGCCUUUCAUGCGACGAAUGUGGUGUUUGUGCACACAUAUACUGUAUGGAUCCCCCACUCGAUAGAAAACCAAACAAGGACGUUGCUUGGACCUGUUUUAGCUGUCUACAAAGGCAAGAAAAUACUGAAGAGUCACGGGGUAAGUUUAAGGAGGAACAAGCGGCAGAAUUGAGUUUUAUUCGUUCUGUAAGAGAAAAAAUUGAAAUAGUCUCUAAUGAAACUAUUGAGGAGAACGUUGGCUAUAAUGCGGAAAAUUGCUGGUUCCAAUAUUUAGGGAUGUAUUCCAUCUCCCAUAUUGAAGAUACCUUAAACAAAUCUAUUUUUUUACCAUACCCAUUCAAACCUUCUAGGGUAGGUAUGAAGUAUCAGUGGCAUGGUUGUAUUGAUAAUAAGCCUUGGAGGCAGACGCCCUAUAGACUGAUGGAUUCAGACGAAGAACGAGGUUCAAUUAAAACUUCUGAAUUGGCAUGGAUAUCUGAUCCAUCAAAGGUUACUACUCAAAAAUUAAAUGAGUAUAUGCAAAAGUGUAAAAAGGAGUUAUGUCCCGUCUUAAAAGUAAGAGGGGAAAUUUGUAACUUUAUUGAUGUAAUUUUGAAAAAUUUACUUUCUACAAAUUACGAUACAGUAGCAGCGUUUGAAAAGUCCAAAAGAGAACUUUCUAGGGAAUCUUUGAAUGAACCAACUUUUACCACUGAGGAAAUUCGAAAAUUUGAGGAGGCUGUCGCAAAAUUUGGAAGUGAGUUGCGUCCUGUAUGUGAGCAUGUUGGUUCUCAACCUAUGCCUAUGAUUGUUAGGUUUUAUUACAAUUGGAAGAAUACUGAAAGGGGCUUUAUAGUGAGAAAGAAACUAAACAGGUUAUCAAAAAAUAAAAGAAAAAGAAGCACGCCUGACGACGGAAACGAAUUGGAGACAAAAUAUAUCGACGACUCUUCCUUUGAUACCGAAAAACUUUCCUUGACAGAAUCCUCAUUUCAGUGCAUGUUUUGUAAGAUAGAUUAUUCUCCAAUGUGGUACAAAGUUACUGGUGGUUCUGAUGAAGAAAACAUCAAGGUAAGAAUGCAAACAGGCGUUAACGAGAAGACAGAAAUUUCAGAGAAGCCACCUGCUCAUAGCAAAAAAAAUGAGAGGUUGGGUGCCCUUUGUAUUCGCUGCGCUCGUAUGUGGCGAAGAUAUGCAAUUAGGUGGGUAUAUCCUCUUGACACCUUGAGGAAAAUGACAGGUACCAGUCAGAAUGGUUAUUAUUCAGCAAUAGAAAGAAUUCUUGAGGAAAGUAAUAUUAACAAAUUCACAUUGUCUCCGUUCCUGGCCCAUAGUAAAUUGUUGGAAUGGGAACUUGUUCAGGAUUCGGAGCUGAUUAUUAGGCAAAGAAUGAAAGUAUAUAAAAAUCCAAACUCAUUCAUGAAAAUGAAGCGCUACUCUAUGACGUUUCAUGCACAGCUUUAUAAAAUGGCAUUGAGAUCUUAUCCCAAAAAUGAAUUCAAACCGGAAAAAAUGCAACAGGAUCUUGAACUGUUUUCAAAAAAUGCGACAAACGUAAGUAAAGUCUCCAAAGGACAAAAUUCAAAAAGAACAGAAAUCAGAGAGAAUAAAUUUCCCGUUAAUAUAAUUCAACAAUCACCAGAUACCAUCAAUAGGCCCGGCACAACUCGGAAUCUUAAAGGUGAUAAUUUUACUGAAAACAUUGGCAGUGACAGUACUAUUUUCACCUCAAACCCUGCACAUGAUAUAAUAAAGAUCUCCAUAAAAAAAGGAACCGAUUCCUUAGGUAUAGCGUCCGUAGACAAAGAUUUUAAAUUUGUCAAAUUUGACAAUACAAUAUUUCAGCGACUACGAACCAGUUUAAACCUGGAGAAUAAUAAGCAGCCAAAAAAUAGUGAAUAUCCAACAAAGAAGGUUAGAAUGAUUAAUGAUGCUACAUUGGAUAGUCCAUCAGACCGAACAAAUGAAAUAGCGUACAAUUAUCCAGUAAUUUCACAUUCUAAAAAUACUUCUGUUAUUCUUGAAAAAUAUCACGAUCGUAAUCUACCAAACAAAGCAUCUGAAGAACACAUGAUAUUAUUGAAGCUUACCAAAAAUAAAAUCAAAAACCCAGAUUCAGAUCGACAAAGAAAUGCCACGGUAGCUUAUUGCUGUGUGUGCAAAGUAAAUCAUAAUCAGAAUGAUAGCAGUGUGAUACUAUGUGGUAAUUGCGGGCUAACCGUCCAUUACUUCUGUUAUGGUGUUAAACUGUCGAAACAUACGCUGGAAGAUUCUGACCUCAAAAAAUACAAAUGGCUAUGUGAUCCUUGUUCAAAUGAUCUUAACCCUAUACUAUCAACUACCUACCAAUGCAGUUUGUGCCCAAUUAAGGAGAGUGAUUAUGAUAGAUGCAAGAGUAAAUCGGCAAAAAUAUGCCCAGACGCACUAAAAUGCACGAGUUUAGGAACAUGGGUCCAUCCGGCGUGUUCACUUUUUGAUGAGGAUAUUAAAUACGGGAAUGGACAGGCAAUGCAGCCAGCCCUUAAUACUGCUACUAUACUCACCAGAAAUAACAGAUUCAUAUGUGGCAUAUGCAGAAUACAUGGGGGUGGGUUAGUCAAAUGUGACAAAUGCUCCUAUAGGUAUCAUAUUACAUGUGCACAGAGCAGCUGUGAUUUUAAGCUCGUGUUUGAAAAGAGAAACAUUCCCACAGAUUUUACGCUAGCCUGUAUCACAGAUUCUAAGCUUAACGAAACCUACACCUUGAAACCUGUGCUAAUAUGUGAUAGACACGACGUCGAUUCAAAAGAAAAUAAAUACUUUCAGUUAUCAUACAGGCCUCCACAUACUCUAUCAUAUAUGGAACAAUACUGCAGAUACUACAAACAUGACACUGGUCACAGUUUGAUCGAAUCGAGAUACUUGGAACAGCAGGCUACAUUGCAAGGUGGAAUAACGAGGGGUUCAGGUGAACCUCUCACUAAUCCUAAAAUUUACAUACUUCCUAUAGAAAGGAUUUGCUCAUACUGUGGUACUACUAGAAGUUUAUAUUGGUACGAAGGCAGUAUUUGCCACUCUUGUAACCUACAUUCAGGCGUUCAAGAGCCAAUGUUCGAUGACACAGAUGAUGAAGGCACUAAUGGCGAUGGGAUACCAAUUGAAAGCGCUCAAAAGUUGAUGGAAGGAAUUGAACCAGCUGCGUUUGAUUUUGAUGCUCCAAGGACGACUUGUGAUAAAAAAAAACUGAUCGAUCAAGCGAAUGAGUGA